CAUAUGUUGUGCUUGACAACAUGAAAAAGUUUGUUAAUUGAGAAAACAGUUGUGAAAAUUAGAAGGAAACUAAAAAUUACGUGCUCAAAAUGGCUACAAAAGUUUUACAUGGAAGGCGAAGGGGUCAAGAAAGAGUUGUGACUCCUGAGUUUUGUGUUCAAAACCAACAAAAUAAACCACUAACAGACGUCAAACAAGUCACAGUUCUCACAAAAGGAGACUGGAAUCGUAUCCAGGACCAACUGAACAGAAGACAGAUAGAACAAGAACGUAUUCAAAGAAUUAAAGCAGAAAAAGAAGAACGGAGGAGUAACUCUAAGGAAGUCAUUAAAAACUGGACAAAUACAGAAGUUGGUAAGAGAUUGAAAAAUCUGGAAGCGCGUAAGUUACGUCAGGCGAAAGAGGAAGAGGAACGCACAGCUAUUGAUUUGGAAGAAGCUAAAUACCAGGCACAGCAGAGGAAGGAAGCCAUAGACAAGGCGAAGACCCAACAGUAUUACCAGACAGACAGAGUGAAAUCCUUCCAUAGUGCUCUGCUGUUGACGGAGGUACUGAAGGAGAGGGAGGCCCAGCUGGAGCUGAAGCAGCUGAUUGCGAAGGCGAACGAUGGCAAGGACACGGAGUGGACGCGGCUGCAGCAGCACGCGUAUGAAGAGACUGUCCAGAAGGAACAGGAGCGAGCAGCGGCUAGGAUCAGGGAUGCCAAACAAAACGAGGAGUUCCUCAAAGCACAAGCUCUUGAACACCAGAGAGAGAAGCAAAAAGAAGCAGAAGAAAACACGAUUGAAGCAAAUGAACUAAAGAAGUUGGCCAUGCAGUAUGAAAUUGAGAAGAAACAGCUGGAAGAAAUACAGCGUGAUGAGAAGAAACAGCAGAUCCUAGAGAAUCGGCAGCAACUGUCGGAAAUGAAAAAAAUGAAACAGAUUGAAGCCCAGCAAGAGGAGGAGGAAGAUGAGGAAUGUCGCAUAUUUGCUGCUGCCAAAAGGAAGAUGAUGCAGCUUCGAGCCAUAAGAGAGAAGGAGAUGCAUGAAGAGAAACAGAGGCAUUUGAAUGAAAUAAAAGACAAAUUAGCCACCCAGAUGAAAGAAAAACUGGAUGAUGAAGAUACACGCAUCCUCAUGGCCGUGGAAGAAGAAGAAAAGAAGCAAGAGGAGGAGGAGGCGGUGAAGCAGAAGAAAAUGUUAGAAGGAAUCAAAGCUCAGCAAGAACACCGGCUACGACAAUUGAAAGAAGAAGAGGAGAGAAAGAAGAGAGAGAAGAUUGAGAUGCUUGAACUACAGCGGUUACGUCAGGCAGCAGACGAGGUUUUCCAGCGCAAUGAGUUCGAGAAAGAAAAACGUAGACUGGAAGCGGCUCACAAUCUGACAAAGCAUCAUUUGGAUCAAAUCUCUGAACUGAAGAUGCUGGAGCAGCAGGACCGCGACAACCAGCUGGCACUGGACAAGGCCAACGAGGAGCUGAUCGCGGUCGAGGAGACGCAGUUCCAGGAGUACGCCAACAAGGUGAUCAAACACUGCCAGGAGGGCGGCCGCAACGUCUACCCGCUUAAGAAGGCCGCCAAGGAGGGUGCCGGCGGAGGACUGGGCCCCGUCUUCCCGGGGAAGGGGGGCAUUCGACCUAGCUACAUGGUAGCUGACAAGACUGGUGUACAGCUUCCAUGCUACAAGGGCGACUCCACCGAAUCCACUAAAGAACUCGUCAAUGGAAAGUAUCCAACUAAAGCAAGAGUUGGUUUUGUGUGGUGAAGAAAAGUCAAUGUUUGUGAUAAUAUUUUUUUAUGGAUAAAAACUGGGGGGAUGUAUGCAAAAAUGUUCAUUAGUAAGGUAUUCAUUCACUCCAUGUACAUAACUCGGAUAAGAAUCGAGAACAUUAAGGAGCCUGUUUGGGGUUUUUCAACUUGGACAUGCAGAAUGGAAAAAAUACCAUUAGUUAUUGUACUUUUUUUUGUUUGUGGUUUUACCAAGUGUUGUAAGUAAGUAUCAUUAAUGCGAUAUAUUUGUUAUUAACUUACAAAUGAUCAGGAUGGCCAAACAGUUGAAUUUACAUUUCUUAUGGCUACCGUCAUGGAAUGAAAUUUUAACACAGUAUUAUUUUAUCUUGCGGUACCUUAAAAACCUGAGUGAGUCAUGACUAACCCUGUAUUCACAGAAAAUCUACUACUCUUUUACUCUUCAAAUCUUAAAAACCUGAGUGAGUCAUGACUAACCCUGUAUUCACAGAAAAUCUACUACUCUUUUACUCUUCAAAUCUUAAAAACCUGAGUGAGUCAUGACUAACCCUGUAUUCACAGAAAAUCUACUACUCUUUUACUCUUCAAAUCUUAAAAACCUGAGUGAGUCAUGACUAACCCUGUAUUCACAAAAAAUCUACUACUCUUUUACUCUUCAAAUCUUAAAAACCUGAGUGAGUCAUGACUAACCCUGUAUUCACAAAAAAUCUACUACUCUUUUACUCUUCAAAUCUAAACAUAUUAUUAACCAGAAAUAUUUAAUAAUAUAAAUAUAAUAUUCAUUCAGGGAGAUGAUUUUACUGAUUUUCUAUACAGCAUUAAUUGCACAUAUUAGUAAUAAUGUACAUGUGUGUGUCCAUGCAUCUGUUCAUGUAUGUAUGGGUGUGUGUAUGGUGUGUGUAUGUAGAUAUAUUUGUAAAAUAUUAUUUUUAUUAGUAUAAACAAAGUGAAGUAUAAUUGAAAUUUAGAUUUAAACAUCUCAAAAAUUGCUCUUUGACAUUCAGACCUAGGAUAAAUGCACCUUGCUUAAUAUCCUGUAAAUAUGUUAGUGUUUCUAUCAAACCAGUCAUUUAUUUAAGGCAAAUAACGUCAUUAUUCAGUUUAGUCUUAUGGCUGAUAUGAUCUUAAUAUGAAGAUAAAUCUGCAGUUAUGAUUUUGUUUUACACCGUCUGUAGUUACACAGAGAAUAAAACAUUCACAACCUUCAUUCCACUGUAUAACCUUCAUUGUUAGACUGGUAUCAGUCAUUUGGUCAUAUAAAUAUUCAACCAAUAAAACUACUGAAUUAUAUAUUGAAUGUAACAAUCAUAGCCUUGAAUUGUUUUUCAUUUUUAAUAAAACAUAUUGUUUUUGUUUACGUUUUUGUGUUUAAUAUUCUGUUACUUAAUAUAUUAUUUCAGUUUGUAACUGUUGAUGUGAAGAAAUAGGCCUAUGUUGUUUUGUAUAUUGAGUUAGUAAUCGACCCUCGAAAUUCAGAUGAUCUUGUGACAGCAAAUAUUGUACAAAUAAUAACAAAAUACCCAAUGAUAAAAAUGCCAUUGCAGAUAAAUUUUGCAACAGCUUUUUUGCACCGGCACUUGAUUGCUGUCAUGAAUUUCGAGGGCUGAAUAAAUGUAGAAAAUUCUUGUAAUAAUGAAUAAAUAAAAGAAAACCCAUCUU